CCCCUUCUCGCCAUUCCAUCUCUUACCUCUUUCUCUCUCUCACUGUUUCCAUUGUAGGUGAUCAAUUACUGUUCCUGCUUCUGUUUUCUUCUGAUUACAGAAGCAGAAAUCUUUCCAUAUUUUCUUUGUUUACUAAAUCUUUAUAAAAAUCUCUUCAGUUAAACUGUGAAUUCAGUUCUAAAUCAAAUGGGUUUGCUUUAAAUUCGACAAUUUUACUGUAUUUACGAUCAAAAUCCAACCUAAAACAGCAAAGAACGGAAAACAGAGCAUACUCUGUUUUCUGUGUUUUCAGUUUCUUGUGUUUCUUGCUCUGUAAACAAGAAAAUGGGGACGAUUCCAGCGAUUAAAAUUCCACUAACAUCGUUUACAAAUGGUGGAGACGACAUCACAGGGAGAAUCAUGGUGAUCGGGGGCCAAAUCAAGGCGCCAUUAGUGGUGCCAUUGUUGAGAAUGUUGAUGUAUGUUUCUCUUGCGAUGUCUGUAAUGUUGUUCAUGGAGAAAGUUUACAUGUCUUUGGUGGUUGCAUUCAAGAAAUUGUUUGGGAAAAAAGCAGAAAAACGUUAUAAAUGGGAGUCAUUCAAAGAUGAUAUUGAAUUGGGUAACUCUGUUUAUCCUUUGGUUCUUGUUCAACUUCCGAUGUUUAAUGAAAGAGAGGUUUAUCAGCUGUCAAUUGGAGCUGCAUGUGGGCUUUCAUGGCCUUCUGAUCGUAUUGUAAUUCAAGUUCUUGAUGAUUCAACAGAUCCAGUGAUCAAGGGUUUGGUGGAAAUGGAAUGUGAAAGAUGGGCAAAUAAAGGUAUAAACAUACACUACCAAGUGAGGGAUAAUCGAAAGGGGUACAAAGCGGGAGCACUUAAAGAAGGUCUAAAGCAUCGAUAUGCAAACGAGUGUGAAUAUGUGGUAAUUUUCGAUGCAGAUUUUCAACCAGAAUCUGAUUUUCUUUGGAAAACAAUCCCAUUUCUUCAUCAUAAUUCUGAACUUGGUCUUGUUCAAGCUCGUUGGAAAUUUGUGAACUCAAACGAAUGCUUGAUGACAAGAAUGCAGGAGAUGUCACUUGACUACCAUUUCAAAGUCGAACAAGAAUCUGGUUCUUCUACUCAUGCAUUUUUUGGCUUCAAUGGGACCGCUGGAGUUUGGCGAAUGGCUGCACUUAAUGAGGCUGGAGGAUGGAAGGAUCGUACUACAGUUGAAGAUAUGGAUCUAGCAGUUAGAGCUAGUCUAAAAGGCUGGAAGUUUUUGUACAUUGGUUCAGUUAAGGUUAAGAACGAAUUGCCAAGUUCAUUUAAAGCUUAUCGUUACCAACAACAUCGUUGGUCAUGUGGUCCAGCAAACCUUUUCAGGAAAAUGAUUUUUGAGAUCAUGAUAAAUAAGAGAGUUACAUUGUGGAAAAAGAUACAUGUGAUAUAUAGUUUCUUUUUUGUAAGAAAAAUCGUAGCUCAUAUUGUUACGUUUGUAUUGUAUUGCGUUGUGAUUCCGGCUACUGUGAUGGUACCUGAAGUUAUGGUUCCAAAGUGGGGUACAGUUUAUAUUCCAGCCAUCAUCACCCUUCUAAAUGCAGUUGGAACUCCAAGGUCCAUCCAUUUGGUGGCGUUUUGGAUUCUUUUUGAGAAUGUCAUGUCCCUCCAUCGAACUAAGGCUACGCUCAUCGGACUUUUCGAGGCUCAAAGAGUGAACGAAUGGGUUGUUACCGAAAAGACCGGGGAUCCUUCCAAGGCUAAAACAAAAGCAAAACAACAUAAAAAUCUUGGCUUCAAACUAAGUGAACGGCUUCUUACGCUAGAGAUUUGUGUGGGUCUCAUCCUCUUCAUAUGUGCUUGUCAUGAUCUUGUAUUUGGGAAGUACCACUACUACAUAUACCUAUAUAUGCAAGCUAUAGCUUUUAUCAUAAUUGGAUUGGGAUAUGUUGGCACUGAUGUUCCCAACUCGUAGAUGAUGUUAUUUACUCAUCUUCAUUCGAUCGACAAACACAAUAUACUUGUACCUUGACCUUUCGGUCAUUAGCUACAACGUAUAAUUGUUGUUUUUGAUAUGCAACUUUAUUGCACUUCAUUUGAUUGUUACCUUUGUUUGUAUAUCGAAAAAUUUGAUAAUUGUAUACAAAGAAGAAAAGAACACAAAGACAAAUAGAUAAGCAAAAGUUGGGUGUGGCUUUACGAAAGGUUAUUAAGUAGAAGGGCUUAUUUGUAAUUAUUGGAUUUUAUAGGUUUAGUUUUGCAAUUUUGAUUAUGUUUUUUGCAAUGUUCUAAAUAACGUAAGGCGUGACUUGGCGGCAAUAUCAAACCUCAAGCUUUUCUAAGCUUUGACGAGCCACGUCGUUUGUAAAGCGUGACUUAAGGCGGAAAUUUUGUAUAUAAUGAAUAUUUUUAUAUGUA